AUGGAGAACCAGGGCGGUGAGGAAGAGCAGGUACGUGAGAAAGCCGGUGAGGAGAUCGUGAUUGUCGAGGGAGAGUUCAGUUGGUUUGCGGCGUGGAUGAUGAUGUUCUGGCUGGUGGUGUGCAUUUGCUCUGUGACCAUGGGUGUGCUGACCUUCCAGGGCGAUGGCAUCGAGCGGAUCUCCGAAGAGAUCUCCUUCGUACGGCAGCAGAAGCCGCCCUAUGGCCCCGCAGAGCAGCCCAACAUGGCCACCAUGAGAGAGAUCAAUGAGCCCUUCAGGUACCACCUGCCGCAAGUUGCCUUGUACUACUCGGUUGCAGCAGCUUCUCUUGGGCUUUUCACCGUGAGUUUCUUUGCAAACUCGAUGCUGCUGGAGACCCAAGGGAUUUCCCGAAAUGUGGACAUCAACAUGCUGAUCAAUGCAGGUGUCCAGAUCUACAUGUCGCGCACCAUCCCUGUGAUCUUGCUCUUUUUGGUCUCCGCUGGUGGCUAUGUUUUCGUCACAGCGGGCUGGGGCACGUUAACGUGUUUUGGCGCUGGAGCGCUGUUGAACCUGGUCUCUGCCUGGGUCGGCGUCCGCACCACCGUGCAAGGGACAUGUCGAUUGGCCACGCUGCUCUCAGAGAACUUGUCCCGCUCCGUCCAGCUGGGGAUGUGGACAGGAUCCAUCGGGGGCCUCCUCUCUACUUCGCUCGCGUUGGGGGGUAUGGCCGGGAUGUGGUUCUGGAUCUUAGACACCUCCUUGCUUUCGGGCUUCGGAUCCGGGGCCUGCCUCGUCUCCUUCUACCUGCGAGUGGGCGGGGGGAUCUUCUCCAAGGGCGCGGACUUGGGUGGCGAUCUCGUGGGUGAGAUGAGCGAGACGAAGUUUGACGAAGAGCGGCGCGUCUUCGAGUUACAGCAGCGCAUGGAGAACAUCGCGAACACGAGAAAAGAGCGUCUGCAGAAAGGCUUGGAGGACGACGAGGAGGAAGCCUUAGAUCAACUGCGUCUCUUGGAGGAAGAGAUGCAAGAUAUCUGUGCGGAUCUCCAUCCUAUCGACUUUUUGGAUGAGAUUGGAGAGGUUAUAUGUGAUGUGACCGGGACUUGCGCUGAUCUUUUCGAAUCCAUGGUGUUGAUCCUCAGCACAUCUGCCAUCAUCGGAGCGAAGAUAUCAGCGGUGCCACAUUUUCUGACGGGGCUUCCCUUCUGGAUUGUGGCCUCCGGCAACAUAGGAUGCGCCGUGGCAACUUUCAAAGUGCACUGCACAGAAAGAUACACCGCCAGAGCCAUACGGUGGUCGAUGCGUCUCAAUCUGGUGGCUGUGAUUGUCUUCGUGCAGUUUGUGCAGAUCGGGAUCAGCUACCUGGAGUGGGUGCAUGGCAGUAUCACCUUCUCCAUGUUCUGGCAUUUUGUUGUCAUCUCGAUGGUCGGGCAGCUUCUACCAGAGCUUUGCGUUAUGGCGGGCGAGUAUUUCACGUCCCCUGACUACUGGCCCAUAAGAUCAUUGGCAGCUAACUCCAAGAACGGAGUGGUCCAGGUUGUUCUGCAAGGUCUCGGUCAAGGCUUCCUCUCCACUUCCACGCCCGCCCUUCUUCUCGUGCUAGCUGUCAUGGUGACGUGGAUACUGGAGGGGCACUAUGGCCUGGCUUUGCUGGCAUCUUCCUCUGUGAGUGGUACAGGCUUCCAAGGCAGUCUCGCCUCGUUUGGGGCGAUCUUCACGAACGCCCACAAGCAGGUCCACUUGACGACGCACGACUCUUUGAGUCGGAACCGUGCAAACAUUUGCGCCACGGUGGGCGACACGGCUAUGCAAGCUGGAAAUACAAUCUCAGCCAUCAAUGCCUUCAGCGCCGUGUUCAAUGUUGCGUUGACUCUCCUGGCGGAAAGUUACACAGGUCGCAGCACGGACUACCAGGCUGUAUCAGGAUCACCGCUUUCAGAGUGGAGCCAAGCCGGGCUAGUGCUCGGCGUGAUCAUGCCGUUCCUCUUCACCGGCAACUGCACGGUCAGCUGUCUAGAGACGUCCAAGUCCUUCAUGCGCUUUUGCAAAGAAUCCACUGCAGUGUCCAAGCGGGCCGACCUCCCCUUCCCGCAGUCGCACCUCAAAGGAAUUCAGAUCUUGUGCUCGUUUGGGACUAUCACCUCGAUGCGAUUGGUGUUCAGCCCCAUCAUCCACUCGAUGAUCUGCCCUUUGCUUGGCGGCUUCUUUCUGGGCACAAAGGGCCUCAUCUGGCUUCUUUCGGGCAUGAAUGUGUUGGGAAUGUGCCUCAGCCUCUUCCUCAUCAACUCUGGCCAGUCGUGGGUCUCCGCAAGGAAGUACGUUCUCUUUGGCCACUUAAAGGCAGCCGACGGCACAGCCAUCGGACCCGAUUCGGCUCAGUACGGCUACCUCGGUGUAGGUGAGAUGAUAGGAGGUCCUCUUGAAGACACCAGUGGCCCUGCUUUGAACAAUUUUGUGAAGCUUGUAGCAGUGUUUGCCUUCAUCACUGGUGGUCUCUAUGAGAACGAGCCAGACCAGACGUGGCACUAUGGCUUCCUCUGCUUGUUCGGAUCAUUCAUCCUUCUGGCCCUUGCGAGGUGCAUCUUGUCCUGCAUCUUGAACUGCAUGACGAGAUAUUCGGAGCAACGCGAACUCCAAAGACUGCGGAAGCUGCGAGAGCUCGAAAGGCUGCAAGAGCAAGGUGAAGGCGACGAGGAAGACCUCGACGAUGAUGAAGAAAUGGCCAUCACUGCUGGGAUGUGA